AUGAUGAAACCAAGGUCUCCAGCAGAGCUUGGAAAACAAGCAGUGAUUUCUGUUGACCCCAACAUCCCUAUUCGAUUGUAUUUUCGCUCUGCAGACUUGCUGUUGAAGCAGGCUCGAGUGUACAAGCUGGAGAAUGAUUUGGAACACGCCUAUAUGCUUUACAUGAAAUAUACCAAUCUAGGCAUAUCUGAACUCCCAAAACAUCCAGCGUACAAGCAUGUAGACAACAAAAAGAAUCUCAAGAUACUGAAUAAGAACUGCUUGGAGGCACUAGAGGCGUUAGAAUCCAUGAAACCAGCAUUGGAGAAGGCUUACAACGACUAUGCCAAGAAGGUGGACGAUGCACGAAAAGCUGAGCAAGAGACAUCCAUCGCACAGCAGACAACUCGCUGGCAAUCUCAGCAGCAAAGACGCCCAGUAGACACAUCAGAUGUAGCAAGUGAUUGGAAUCUACAAGACGCACUGAAAGAUGUUGUGGGUGUGGUCUACAACGAAGGAUCAAAACCCUCUAUAGCUGGCUAUCAGAAAGCAGAUUAUCCAAGUUUGUCUCUGCUUAACCAAAGUGAUGGGUUUGCAUACCAUGCCCAACAACAACAGCAGAAUAAUGCACAACGCCAUGUGCCUUCACAACCUCCUCAUUUACCACCUAAACCACCAAAUCAGCCAGUAUUACCGCCCAAGAUACCUAUCAACAACAAGGGCCCUAAGCUUCCACCAAAAAUCAAGCUUGAGGGCGAGGAGAUACACAGAACAGGUCCCACCACGGAUGCGUCAACGGAAAGAGGCGAACCACUGAGAAAGAUGCUGUUACCCGAAGGAAUCCAUGCAAGAUUCUUGUCCAUUGCUCAACCAAACACAAACAGGAAGAUAGAAACAUGUGGCAUAUUGGCAGGCACGCUGAAAAACAAUAUAUUGAAGAUUACGACUUUGAUUAUACCCAAACAGACUGGCACAUCAGACACAUGUACCACCGAGAACGAAGAGGAUCUUUUCGAUAUCCAAGACAAGCAUGAUUUGCUUACUUUUGGAUGGAUACAUACGCAUCCAACGCAAUCAUGCUUUUUGAGUUCUGUUGAUUUGCACACACAUUGCUCGUAUCAGCUCAUGUUACCAGAAGCAAUUGCUAUCGUUUGUGCGCCAUCGCAAAGACCAAACUUUGGUAUAUUUCGUUUGACAGAUCCACCGGGAUUGGAUGUGAUCAGCAACUGCAAAAAGACACCUGCAUUUCAUCCUCACCCUGAUCUACCAAUAUAUACAGGCGCCGAAAAUGGUGGCCAUGUGAGAACAGCAGACUAUGAAUUCACAGUUUUGGAUUUACGUGAUAAGAAAUAA